GCCGAGCCCGGGCAGGUGGCGGGCUGAGGCUGUAGCCGGCCGGUCCGGACCGGAGCCCUCCGAGAAACACGCGGCUCGUGACAUGCCGAAGGUCGCGUGUUGCGCGGCCGGGGCUUGGCUGUCUGUUUGGCGACCCGCAACUCCAGCCUGUUGCUUGAUGAAGGAAGCGCACAAAUGCUCCCUUGUGAACCGUGAGGUUGGAGGACUGAGUGUUGUUCACUCUACAACAGUAAAAUCUGUGACGUCUUCCUCUCCAUUUAUUCCUGGGAAAAAGACCAUAGAGUUGGAAACAACUGAAAUCGCUCUCCUUACCACCACAGCUGCUAGUAUCACAGUACCAACAGCAAUACCAGCAACACCAGUAGCAACAGAGAUUACUACAAACAGCGAAGUCACAUCAGGCUCAACAGAACAAGGCAAUAACAACACGGUCUCUACAGUCACUUCAGAAGAGCCAGCAACUGCUACCACAUAUCUAUCAGGGACAGGAAGCACAGACUUUGCAACAGCUAGUCAAUCACCAUCUGCAAAUGCAGGAUCAGAAUCAACAGCCACAGAACACAUCUCUACUUCUACAGUUACCAGUAUAGCAAGAGAUAUACAAACCAGCCUGCCAACAGAUACCACAGCUUCAGAAUUAGCUACCCAUUCUACGGCAGUCCCAGCAACCAUCACUCCUCACCUAAUAACUACUCUGUCUCCAUCACCAUCCACAGGUUCUUCCACAGCGUCUCUCAUUACAGAUUCCAGCAAAACCCAGCUGCCAACCACCUAUACCUCCCGAGCAGGACACACUACAGAGGAAGUCGCUACUCAUGAGACACCCCCAGUGCCCACCUCCUCAGGGCCAGUAACUGGACAGACAUCUUCCCAACUUACAUUGACAAACAAAAUUGCCACUGAGAACAACUCCACUGACAGCACUAGUCUCUCUACUGGGGUAGCUAUGGAAGAAGUUCAGCAUGCUUUGAGUAAAGGUAGCAUUGCAGCCAUUACAGUGACUGUCAUUGCUGUGGUACUGCUGGUGUUUGGGGCAGCAGCAUACCUGAAGAUCAGGCACUCCUCAUAUGGACGGCUUUUGGAUGAUCAUGAUUAUGGAUCUUGGGGAAACUACAACAACCCUCUUUAUGAUGACUCUUAGUAGAGGAAUGUGGACAGACAAGAAAUCAAUGUUGUUAUUUAUAAGUGCUUACUCCAUAAAACAACCGCCGCCUGAUUUUAGUUAUCACUAAAAUGAUCCAGUUCCAUGCCAUGUUCUUCUUCUGCUUCUUCCUCUGUUGCACAAUGGAUCAUAAUUCUAAGAGAAGCCUAUGUGCUGAAUCACACCCAAAAUGAGACCAAAGCGAAGCUGACAGACUGUAGUUAUUGUCUCUCAGCCACAGGCAGUUACUUCACGUGCACAAUACAUUUGGAAGGCUUUUUUUUUUCUUUUUUUCCUUUUAUGUAAGAAGCUCUAUUAAAUCUCAGCAAGGGAAAAGGGAAAUUAUCUCUGGAGGGUUUCCAUCUGCAUGGCUUGUGUGCCUUUGAUUCUCCUUUAAUCUUCCCUGUCUCUCCAUAGCUGCUGGGACUGUGGUCAGAACUCUGCUGUGCUGUACAUUGGCUUCUUAUGAAAGGUUUUAACAGAAAUUAUCCAGAGGGAAGGGAAAGAUAAAAAAGGAAGCUCUCAGCAGGUUAAUGCCAGAACCUGAUGCUUUUACUGUUUGUCCUUACCAGGGUGUCUCAUUUUGAGUUCCAAUUAAAAUCUAAAUGAAGCUUGAAUCCACCACCUAAACCAUGGUGUUCAGCCUGUUUUCACUCUGAUGUGUUAUGCUGUGAAGUGGAGGAUUCAAGAUAAACAGGAUGAAAUGACAUAGGGACUCACCUCUGCUACAACAAAGUCAUGUGGAAGAACUGCUAUUGGGGCUGGGAAUGUUUCCUCUGAAAGUGUUAGGAGCAGAUAAGAGAGGCCUGGGCAUUCUUCCUGCUGUCAAAAUGAUACAUGAAACUUUUGCACCCAAAAUACCAUUUACUCUGAGCUGUCUGUUGCUAGUAAAGAAAGCUACUAUACCCAAAAUAGACCAGCCACAGAAGCUAGCUCUUAGUUUUGGCUACUUGAGCAAGUCCUAUUUAACAGGAGUAAGGACUGCAGAAUUAGACCUAAAAUUAAGACCUGUGGCUGAGGUAUUCAGCACUCCAGGCAAUUUACGUGCACUUUUCACUGAAAGAGUUUCCUACACUGCUUUGCUUUGAAAACCCUACCCAUAAGGUUUAAUAAGCUGUGGCUCCUUGCAGCAAAUACACAGACCAGUCUAACCACCGCUCACUCUCACCUCUCCUUCCCCUCAUUUCCUCCCAUUCGUGUGCAGAAGUCUGGAUGUGUGUUUGUAUUACAUAAAAGAAACUCAAUAGACCUCCCCUGUGCUAAGGAAACAUACAUUGAGUGCCUGCUUUUGCAAAAUGAGACAGAAUUAUUGUCAUCUGCUACAGACAUUGUUGCUUUGCUUACAGUUUUAUUUUUAUCAUUUAAAAGGUCAUUUGCUAAACUAUAAUGAAGUUGUUUUAAUCCUGAGUUUCUGCUUACAAAUUUACUGCUGCUGCAAGUAAACAAAGCCAGAUGGGUUGAUUUAUGACAAGAUCAAAAUUUGCUUUAAUACACAUUAGUGUUUCCCCUUAGAGCUUUUGAUCUGACAGAACAAUGACUCUCAAAACGCUGAUUUUUCAGCUCAGUAUUUUUUUAAGCUAGUGCACAGUGUAAUUAGGUUAA